UUCAUAGAUUCAAAUUAUACAAGGAUUAGCUUGUUCCGUAUGUUCCUGAAACAUAAAGUUUUAGCAUUGCUUCGUUAUUACUGGACUUAUAAACUAUUCAUUCGGAUAAAUAAAAUUUCGCUGGAGGAGUGAGAUGGCAUUUGUUAGUAACAAUGUUGACAAAUGCAGCUUUUGCUCCAACACAUGCAAUGAGGAAUUUCGUCACGCGCUGGUUCCCUCUCACCAUCAAGAGCAGAAGCUGAAAAUUUUCCUGCAGAAGUUGAGCAGUUUCACUACCCAAUUAAGCAGUUAUCCUACUUGCGACAAAUGCCACCAAGAGUUGAUAACCGUCCACAACUUUCCCAAGAGCUGCUUUCUAAUUUCGCCCAGCAUUGAACCGACGGCCAUAAAGAUGGAGCCAGAGUUAAUGGUUGAUGACCACAAGCAGUCGGAUAAUGAAAACAUUUUAGAGACGGACGAAAUUGAAGACGAAACCGAAUCGCAAACGAAAGACCAAAAUGGAGAGCUAUUAUCCAUCAACGAAAUAGACGGCGAAGACGACAAUAGUUUAAUAAUUCCAGUUGCAAGAACGAAAACACAAAGAAAAGGCGAACGUUCCCAUCCUUGUCCACAUUGUUCGAAGGCCUGUAGCAAUAUUGCGAACCUCAAACAACACAUUCUAACUCACACUGGUGAACGACCCUAUUCUUGUUCACAGUGUCCAAAAGUGUUUAGGCAAUCUUCAUCGCUCAAAAAGCACAUUAGAACUCAUACGGGUGACCGUCCCUAUCCUUGUUCACAGUGUUCGAAAGCGUUUAUAUGUUCUUCAGCGCUCGACAAGCACAAUCAAAGUCAUGCGGAUGAACGUCCCCAUUCUUGUCCACACUGUCCGAGUGCAUUUAGGAAUCGUUAUGCGCUUCGAAUGCACAUUAAAACUCAUACGGGUGAACGUCCAUAUCCUUGUCCACAUUGUACGAGAGCUUUCAGUGAUAAUUCGAAUCUCAAACAACACAUACGAACUCAUACUGGUGAACGUCCCUAUUCUUGUUCACGGUGUUCAAAAACGUUUAUGCAUUCUUCAACGCUCCAAAAGCACAUUCGAACUCAUACCGGCGAACGUCCCUAUUCUUGUUUGAAGUGUCCUAAAGCGUUUACGAGUUCUUCAAAUCUCUACAAGCACAUUCGAAGUCUUCAUACGGGUUGAUAUAGAAUAUUUUAUCUGCGAUAAUUUCAUUUUUCUAUUAUAGAGGCUUUAAACUACAAAGUUCAUUCACAUCUUCACUAUAAUGAACCAUUGAAAAUGGAUCAUUUCUUCCAGAUGAACAUCCCUAUUUCUGUCCACAUUGUCCCGAAACGUUUAAGGAACCCACAACGUUACAAAUGUACAUUAGAAUACACGCCUAGAAGAAAUCUUUCGUUUGCGAGUAAUGUAAACGAACUUUCACACAGUCCUACAACCUUACCAUACACCUCCGCUGUAAGCGCAGCCAGAUCAAGUUAUAUCGGGACCACGACGAUGGUAUUAUUGCUCACCAUCUGAGCAGUAAGCACAAUCAGAUCGUUAAGAUACUCGUAGGAAUAACGUCUUUUAUCAAUUUUUCAUCGAUAAUUUACCAAAUAAAUUUAUAUUCAUAUUGAUGUAGCUCAUCCGUUUCUUUCCAAAGUACUUCCCACCAAGGUUUGAUGGGUUUCGUUUCUUCACGGAAAAGAAGUCUAUGGUUCCCCUAUGCGAACACAAUUUCAUACCCUACUUGCAGUUAUUAUAUUUAAAAUGAAAAUUCAUGGCAUACUUCAACAGUCCGACCAACUCGAACUGGCCUGGUCAGUUCAAUAGGUUCAAUACUAUUAAUUAACUAGGGAGCUUAAAGUCAACUUAAAGUUUUGUUUGGUUGUUGAGUAUUGUUUGUUCACUCCAACAGAGUUUACAACCGAGUGAUGAUGACAGAAGGAUGUUGAUAAGUCGUUGGAUGGUGCGUAUCACGAGAGAAGAUGCCAAAGUGGAAUGAGAUAUGAUGAAAGCCGUCCUCUGUGGUCCUAGACGAGAUGACUUCUGUGAUUUGUAUGGAUUAAAUAAAGAGAAAAAUUAUCAAUGUAAUAUAAGAUAAUUGACAUUAUCGAACACAAUUAUCAAUUCUUCUCACCACAAAAAAAAACAUGUUACUUUAUUAUUAAGAAAACGUAUUUGAAAUGAAAAAGUGUUUAUUCAA